UUAACCUCUAGAGCCCUGCCCACAUCAACGGGCGAGGUCUUAAUUCUUUCAACUUUCUCUGUUGCUAAAUCUGUGACCCUCUUAAUAAAACCCAAGGGACUGUACAGAAGAAGAAAAAACAAGACAUUUUUAAGAAACAAUAUUGCAGCAAACGUCCUCACUUCCCAGAUGAAAACCACUGGAUUUGGACUAAUGAAGAAAGGAACGGUCAGCUGCCGUCAGAGUAAGUGAAGGUUUUAGGAUUUUUUUUGGUGGAUGAUCACAAUUCUGACGUUUCAGAAGAGUCUGUGUCUUCUUCCUUUUUCACUCAUCCUGCCUGGCAUUUGGCAAAAUCAUGAGCAGGUAUUUGCUUUAUCGUAUCUACUCCUUUUUGGGACUGUUGCCCUUUUGGAUACUGUGUACAUCUUCUACCAACAAAUGUACUGUUAGACAUGAAAUAGCUGACUGCAGUCAUCUGAAGUUGACUCAAAUACCUGAUGACCUCCCAACAAACAUAACAGUGUUGAAUCUUACCCAUAAUCAACUCAGAAGAUUACCACCUGCCAAUUUUACAAGAUAUAGCCAACUUACUAUCUUGGAUGGAGGAUUUAACUCCAUCUCAAAGCUGGAGCCGGAAUUGUGCCAAAGUCUCCCUUUGUUGGAAAUUUUGAACCUCCAACACAAUGAGCUAUCUCAGCUUUCUGAUAAAACCUUUAUCUUCUGCAUGAAUUUGACUGAACUCCAUCUAAUGUCCAACUCAAUCCAGAAAAUUCAAAAUAAUCCCUUUAAAAACCUGAAGAAUUUAAUCAAAUUAGACCUAGCUCAUAAUGGUUUAUCAUCUACUAAAUUAGGAACUCAGCUGCAACUGGAAAAUCUCCAAGAGCUUCUACUAUCAAAUAAUAAAAUUUCUGCACUAAGACGUGAAGAACUUGAUUUCCUGGGCAACACUUCUUUAAAAAGUUUAGAGUUGUCAUCAAACCAAAUAAUGGAGUUCUCUCCAGGGUGUUUUCAUGCAAUUGGAAAAUUAUUUGGCUUCUCUCUGAACAAUGCCAAACUGAGCCCCAGUCUCAUAGAAGAGCUCUGCUUGGAAUUAUCAAACACAAGCAUUCAGAAUCUGUCCCUGAGCAACAACCAGCUGUACACAACCAGCAACACGACUUUUGUUGGGCUGAAGCAGACAAAUCUCACAGUGCUCGAUCUUUCCCAUAACAGCUUAAGUGUGAUUGGUAAUGAUUCCUUUGCUUGGCUUCCACAUCUAGAAUAUCUCUUUCUGGAGUAUAAUAAUAUACAACAUCUGUCUUCUCGCUCUUUUUAUGGGCUUUCCAAUGUGAGAUACCUGAAUUUGAGACGAUCUUUUACUAAACAAAGCGUUUCCCUGGCUUCACUUCCCAAGAUUGAUGAUUUUUCCUUUCAGUGGCUAAAAUUUUUGGAGUAUCUCAAUAUGGAAGAUAACAACUUUCCAGGCAUAAAAAGCAAUACUUUCACGGGAUUGACAAGGCUGAGAUGUUUAAGUCUAUCCAACUCCUUCUCAAGUUUGCGAACUUUAACAAAUGAAACAUUUUUAUCACUUGCUGGUUCUCCUCUGCUCGUACUCAACCUAACCAAAAAUAAAAUCUCAAAAAUAGAGAGUGGUGCUUUUUCUUGGUUGGGCCACCUAAAUGUACUUGACCUUGGCCUUAAUGAAAUUGGGCAAGAACUCACAGGCCAGGAAUGGAGAGGUCUAGAAAAUAUUGUUGAAAUCUACCUUUCCUACAACAAAUACCUAGAGCUGACUAGCAACUCUUUUGCCUUGGUUCCAAGCCUUCAACGACUGAUGCUCCGAAGGGUGGCCCUUAAAAAUGUGGAUAGCUCCCCUUCACCUUUUCACCCUCUUCCUAACCUGACCAUUCUGGAUCUAAGCAACAACAACAUAGCCAACAUAAAUGAUGAACUGUUGAAGGGUCUUGAGAAACUAGAAAUUCUGGAUUUGCAGCAUAACAACUUAGCUCGCCUCUGGAAGCAUGCAAACCCUGGCGGUCCUGUUCAUUUUCUGAAGGGUCUUUCUCACCUCUACAUCCUUAACUUAGAGUCUAAUGGCUUUGAUGAGAUCCCAGCAGAAGUCUUCAAGGACUUACGUGAAUUGAAGAGCAUCGAUUUAGGAUUGAAUAAUUUAAAUAUCCUUCCACCAUCUGUCUUUGAUAAUCAAGUGUUGCUAAAGUCAUUAAGCCUUCAGAAGAAUCUCAUAACAUCUGUUGAAAAGAACGUUUUUGGGCCAGCAUUCAAGAACCUGAGUAAUUUAGAUAUGCGCUUUAAUCCAUUUGAUUGUACAUGUGAAAGCAUUGCCUGGUUUGUUAAUUGGAUUAAUAAUACCCAUACCAACAUCUCUGAACUAUCAAGCCGUUACCUCUGCAACACUCCACCUCAAUAUCGUGGUUUCCCAGUGAUGCUUUUUGAUAUAUCACCCUGCAAAGACAGUGCCCCAUUUGAACUCCUUUUCAUGAUAAAUACAAGUAUCCUAUUGAUUUUCAUCUUUAUUGUACUUCUCAUCCAUUUUGAAGGCUGGAAGAUAUCUUUUUAUUGGAAUGUUUCAGUGCAUCGAGUUCUUGGUUUCAAAGAAAUAGACAGACAGCCAGAACAGUUUGAAUAUGCGGCAUAUAUAAUUCAUGCCUAUAAAGAUAGGGACUGGGUCUGGGAACACUUCUCCCCGAUGGAAGAAGAAGAUCAUACACUCAGAUUCUGUCUGGAAGAAAGGGAUUUUGAGGCAGGUGUCCUUGAACUUGAAGCAAUUGUUAAUAGCAUCAGAAGGAGCAGAAAAAUUAUUUUUGUUAUAACACAGAAUCUACUGAAAGAUCCAUUGUGCAAAAGAUUCAAGGUGCACCACGCAGUUCAGCAAGCUAUUGAACAAAAUCUGGAUUCCAUUAUAUUGAUCUUUCUUGAGGAUAUUCCGGAUUAUAAACUGAAUCAUGCGCUCUGUUUGCGAAGAGGGAUGUUUAAAUCUCGCUGCAUCUUGAACUGGCCGAUUCAGAAAGAACGGGUAAAUGCCUUUCAUCAUAAAUUGCAAGUAGCACUUGGUUCCAGAAAUUCAGUACAUUAAAUUUAUUUAAAGACUAAAUUAAAGGAGUAGCUUUCCUAAUUUAAAAAAGUCCAUGGUAAAUUUACAUUUUAUUUGACAAUAAUGUAAAUCUGUUCAUUCAUAUUUAUCAAUAAGAAUACCACAAGUAUCUCUCUUCUAUGGAGAUAUAUCUCCCUAUUUCAGGCCUUUUAUUACCAAUCAAGUUAAUUUGACCCAAAAUGAACAGAUAAGAAUAUCCUUUACUAAUGAAUACACAAUUGGGUUACUGAGGCCUAUCAAAACAAAGUUUUAAAGUAUUCCUCAUUUAAAGAAAAGUUAGAGGUAUAUGAGUGUUUGUGAUAAUUAUAUUUGUUUUUUUUUUUUCUGGAUGCACUCAGAAUAAAAUAUAACUUUUAUGGGUACAAUGCUAUUUCAAUUGUGAAAGGGUAAAAUAUACAGCCAUAUUUUUAAAAGUUGAAUCACAGCAAUCUUUCAACUGAAAAACUUUGUAUUUUAGUGGUGCCCGUCACAGUGUUGGUUUUGUUAAAUGUUAAAUACCGUUUUAAUAUACAUACUCAGGACAAAAAACGUUUGCACUUCAUUUUGAUUACUUAAUAAAUAUUUUAGUAAAUACGUUUCCUGAUAUUUGGAAUUCUGCUAUAUGAGGCAUUAGAAGACACUAUUCUUUUACUUAGAAGUAUUGCAGGAAGGCUUAUUUCCUAAAGGUUAAUUAGUAGAUUGGCUUUGUGGAAACAAAAUACUGUCUUCCCCUGGUCACAGACUCAGGAGACGGCCCUGGCCAAAUCACAUGGUUCCACUGGGAUUUUUUUGGACUGCUGAUCUUGAAAAUUACAGUGAUAAACAAAAUCUUAACUAUUCCCAAAUCAUUACUGAUGAUGAUCCUGGUAUAAUACAUUCCCAUAGAAUAUAUUAUUAUACCAUAAAAAAGUAUGCUGUGUGUAAAUUAGUCCUUAUGAUUAUUUUAAGUUUUAUUUUCAUUUUAUAAUAAAAAGAGUCUGAUGAUUGGAAAUAGACAUGAAUAGCUUUUUAAAACCUGUAUAGUUCUGGUAUUCAAAUAUAAAGGAGAGUUGAAAUGAUCAUGUUGAGAUAAUUUCUAUAUUUGAAGCACUCAUUUGUCUGCUGAAUUUAGGGAGCAUUUGAGAUGUCACACUUUGGAACUUUGAUUUAAAUAGUUCCGUAUUCUCAGAGCUAAGUUCACAUAAUCCUAAAAAAACGUAAUACCCGCUGUACUGGUGGUUCUGAAGGACUCUACAACAACAUGAAUAUACGGAGAACUCAUUUUCACUCUCUCAUUAUACACCACCCUCACACUUGAGACAUGUGUUUUGUAGUUUUUUUUUGUUAAGAUUUGUUUUCUAACUGUGAAAUAAUCCUGUUUUAUU